GAGCUACUGCUCCAGAAAAUCCUGAAGUGGAAGCCCUUCGCUUGGAAGUGGCAGAGAUGAAAGAGAAGUAUGAAGCCAUGUUGGAAGAAAAUAAGAAACUAAAAGCAAAGCUCGCUCAGUAUGAACCACCUCAAGAAGAGAAGCGUGGGGAAUAA